AUGGCCGGCAUGCUCGUGAUGGGUGUAGCCCUUGGCUUGCAAGAGGGUGGGAAGAAGAUCAAAGAAAAAAGAGACGAACGAAAGGCAAAGAAAGCUGCAUUGGCUGUUGAAGCAUACGCACCUGCAGAGUCAUCAUCAUCUGGUGCAGCACGCAGUCACUUCACGCGGAAUGAUACCAGGCCUGAAAGGAAGAGCGAGGAAGCUCGUAGGGAGCAAAAGCGUCGCAGCUUCAGCUCGGAACGAACCCACCACGAAGACGCUCCUCCCAGUUAUGACGAAGUCGCGCGGCCAACGUAUGAAGAAGCCAUGCGGGACACCCAGUAUAGGGCUUAA